AUCAGCCCAAGUACAGAACACAUACUGUAUGCAAGGCAGAGUCUUACAUGGAUGCAGAGACUGCUCCGCCAGAAGGACUAGCACAAACUAAGUCUUCUGCCAGGAUGUAUUCUGCAAGGUGUGUAUUGCCUCGUAUAUGGUGCCCAAAUCAAAUACAGGAGGGUAGGGUAUGAGACUUGGCUCUGUGACGUACUCUGGUAGAAGAAUUCUGAGGCUGACAGACAGAAGAGAGAGGGGAGCCUUACACUGCAGCAAAUGAUCAAGAAUUUUUUGCGUAAUGACUCAGAAGAAGAAGAGCUAAAAGAGAUAAACCAUACAAUUCCUAGAGAAAGUAACAAGAAAGCACAAGAGCAGCAAGAUCAAUUCUAUACCCACAGAGAGGAGGAAAAUUCCUGCAGGGAGGAGGAAAGACUCCAUAUUAGUAAAGCUCAGGUUAAAGGCCAGCAUCUCAGACAACAUCUGGAGGAAGAGCAGCUGUUUAGAGAUCCACAAGAAGAGAGUCUUGUUAAGGAACAUCAAGAAGAAGAAGAGAGGCUCCGUAGAGAGCAUCAGGAAGAAAAGCUCCGUAGAGAGCCGUGUGAAGGGGAGGAAAAGCUCCGCAGGGAGCAGCAACGUGAAGAGGAGGAAAGACUCCAUAGACAAUAUCAGGAAGAAACUCUUCGAAGAGAACAACAAGAAGGAGAGGAGAGGCAACGGAAAGAUCGCCAACAAGAAAUAAGAUUGCAAGCAACACAUCGCAAUCAGAUAGAAGGGAACCUACCCACAGAACAUUCAGGAGAAAAAUUUUGGUGGGAGCAAGAAACUGAGAAGCACAAUAUAGCUCAGCAGAAAUAUUACAGGGAUCAGCACGUAGAGCACUUAUGCAAUGAUGCCAUGCAGUCCCAUCUAGAGCCUGAGCUAUUUUCUGUCAGGCAUAUUAAGGAGAACAGUGAUGAGGGAGAAGAUACAAGCCAGACCCUUCCUGUCUUGCCUCCAGGUUGGGGAUGUCCACCAUUGGUGCCACCUCCAAGUCCAUCUAGACCUAAAAGCCCUUGGGGAAAACUGGACCCCUAUGAUUCCAAUGAGGAAGACAGAGAAUAUGUUGGAUUUGCUACUCUCCCCAACCAGGUCCAUCGAAAGUAUGUUAAGAAAGGCUUUGAGUUCACUCUCAUGGUUGCAGGUGAAUCUGGUCUGGGAAAGUCCACUCUUAUAAACAGUCUUUUCCUGACAGAUCUCUAUCGGGGCCGUCAGCUACCAAGUCCAGAAGAGCGAGUAACACAGACCAUAGAGAUUGUGAAGCAGACAGUGGAUAUUCAGGAGAAAGGUGUCAGACUCCGUCUAACUGUAGUUGACACACCUGGCUAUGGGGACGCCAUAAACAAUGAAGAGUGCUGGAAACCUGUGGCUGACUACAUUGACCAACAAUUUGAGCAAUACUUCAGAGAUGAAAGUGGCCUAAACCGCAAGAAUCUCCAGGAUACGCGUGUGCACUGCUGUCUGUACUUCCUGUCACCUCUGGGACAUGGAAUGCGUCCCCUGGACAUAGAGUUCCUUCGAGCACUUCAGGACAGAGUAAAUAUUGUUCCAAUUCUGGGAAAAGCUGACAGUCUUACGCCGAAAGAACUCAUACAAAAAAAGCAAAGGAUACGUGAGGAAUUAGAUCAUUAUGGGAUUCGGAUUUAUCAGUUUCCAGAUUGUGACUCAGACCAAGAUGAAGAGUUUAAGAUUCAAGAUAUGGAAUUGAAGAAAAGCAUUCCUUUUGCUGUCAUUGGUUCCAAUACCAUUGUGGAGGUAAAUGGGAAACGUGUCAGGGGCCGUCUGUAUCCUUGGGGAGUUGUAGAAGUUGAAAAUGAACAGCAUUGUGACUUUGUCAAGCUGCGUACAAUGCUGGUCCGUACUCACAUGCAAGACCUUAAGGAUGUCACGAGAGAAACCCACUAUGAAAACUACCGGGCACAGUGCAUCCAGAGCUUGACACAACGGGUGGUUAGGGAACGGAAUCGCAAUAAGUUGACUCGAGAAAGUGGUACCGAUUUUCCAAUUCCCAGCGUGCCUCCGUCACCAGAUCAUGAGACUAUGAAACUGAUCCGAGAGAAGGAUGAGGAGCUGCGGAGAAUGCAGGAGGUCCUACAGAACAUGCAGCGGCAGAUGAAAGACUCUAAGUAGAUCUUUGUUGUGCCACCUCUAAACACUUAUCAUAAUACCUCAAAUUCUCCAUUUACUUCAUUUCACCCGAAGACCAAGUCCUGUAAAAUCUAGCAUAUGAAAACGAAUGGUACUUGCAUGGAGAAACAUAGACCAAAUGACAUAAAAGCACAUCUAGAGAGUUCAUGUAUGUUUCUUAGGAAUGAACGGUAUUAUAACCACUAGACCCAAUACACUUUGCCCACCAGGAUGCUACAUUCACACUGUUGUCACAGCACAAAAAACACAUCGGUAGACUACAUUUUUUUAAAGUGAAGUUCCACAUUGUAGUCAGUUUGAUUUGUUUUCUUUUAGUGAUUGGAAUUAUUUAAAAAGUCCCAAUAUGACUCACCCACAUACAUUAGAUGUAUAUAGGUAAUGUAGUCAUGUAGGCAUUAGAGAGAGCAGUAGGAUUGUUGUAAAGCCAGUCUACCAGAAUGUCCAGGAUGAAUGUCUGUCAAAAAGGUUCUGGGAUCUGCUGGGAUUUGUUGUCAUGGCCUGGGAAUACACAAAAGUCCUAGAAUGGGUGCCCCAUCUCCAUAAAGAACAUAUACAAAUAUACUAGUAUACUCUCCUAAUGGCGUGAACAUCUGUUUUUCUUUUUAUUAAUUUUCAUCAGAAAAUUGAUUCACAUAUGUUGCUUAAUCUACCCCAUAGAGGCCCAAAUUCUCUUAUAUCCUUUAAACAGUAGAUUACAAAAUUCUGCCUUCCUGUGUCCACCACUAGGUGGCGCUUAGUGCAUACAAAUUUGUACUUCUGUCAUUGUACUCGGUAUGUUGUCCCUAAGUGGCAGCUGUGGGAAAAUCGGUGACUGUUAUGGGAAGCAGUACAGAGCUUAGACUUGUUGUUUUCCCAUAUGGUAGGUUUUUUAAUAGUGUUUGGGAGGAAGGGUUGUUUUAAGGAAGUUUUAGCGCUAAAGAAACCAUAUCCAGCUAGUGUUGCAUGCUGCUUACUUCUGCCAUCUAGUUAUGAGAUUGAUAUACAUUACACUAGACUUGUGCACUAGAAAAAUUUUUGUUUAAUUUCGUUUUGUUUUUUCGUUUUGGAAAAAAAUUUCGGUUCGGCAAUAUUUUCGGUUUUGAUUUUUCGGAUACAUUCGGUAUUCGGGUAUUCGUGUUGUUUUUUCGGAUACAUUCGGUAUUCGGGUACAUUCGGUAAAUCUUU